CAAUUAUUGUAUUUAGAUAAACAGAUAAUGUUAAUCAACGAAAUUCGUAGGUACCGAGAAUUCCAAGAAAAACACAGCACACACUAUCGCAACAAGAUGGAGGCUGCCUUCAAAGAAAAGACUGAUGUCAGCGAAAACUCCUUCGACUCUGAUCUCAACAUAUUACCACCACCACGGCGUUCGGUGGUCUCGCGACACAAUCUAAACCGACAACGAGAGAGUACCUACCGAUAUGCAACGGUUCUAAAGGUGGCUGUUGCCGUUCUAUUUAUAUGCUCGAUCCUUCGGCUCGUGGCAUAUCAGCGCAUCGAAGAAACGAAUGAACUUCCUAGUCGUGCUAUAUUGCUGUGGAACAGUCAGAUGCCGGCGCGGAGUCCACAAAACCGCUGGUGGACCUACAGCGAAUGCGGUUGUGUGAUUACCACGGAACGUAAUUACAGCAACCGAGCUUUUGAUGCCAUCGUUUUCAAUGGCGACAAGAAAUAUACUUUGGAUAACCUCCAGACGGUUCAGCGACAGCCUAGGUUCAUAGCCGUUUUUGCAGCCAGCCGGCCACUCAAUCGCAUAGCAGCACCCCUGAAGCUCACUACGGUACCGCUCUACAAUUUGACUAUGACCUAUCGUCAAGACUCAGAUAUUAUAUGGACCCAGUAUUAUUUUGCCAUAAAAUACUCACGUCACCGAGAAUUGAAUUUUUCGGCGCCAAUCGAGAACUUUCUCGAGAUAAUGCCGUCCUUGGAGGCUACCGAGCUGCGCAACAAGCUUAACAAGAAGGAUCGCCUAGCCUUCCACAUCAUUAAUGAGGUUAACGAGAAUUCAAAAGAGCAGAGCAACUACUUAGAGGAAAUGCGUAAGCACACAACAUUAGAUGCCUAUGAAGAUUGUGACCUUUCCAAUGGGUGCGAUAUGUACAAGUUUCUGUUAAUAUUUGAGUCCACCGCCUGUCCGGACUACAUCCCUCCACAGUUCUACGUAGCACUUAACAACUACGUCGUGCCCGUGAUUAUUGGUAGCAUCAACCUAGGAAAACUGGUUCCAGAGGGUAUUUACAUCCUCGGCAGUCAGUUCGCUUCGCCACGUGACCUUGCAGAAUACCUUAACGGGCUAGAGGGAUAUUCCGAGCAGUAUAACAAUUUCUUCUGGUGGCACCUCAAAUAUCAGCUAAUGCCAAACAAUUUGCCGUACUGUGAUCUUUGUCGAGUCCUGCGCGGAGCCCAAGGCUUGCAGAUCUCCCAGCGCUAUCACAGCGACGUUGGAAACGAGUUUCGUCAGUGGUGGACAGAUUACCAGUGCCCCCCCGUCAGUUACUAACUUGCGUUCACUUUAGCAGAAUUUCAGAAUAAUAAUUAUCGACCGCAAA